GGAACACCGAAUCAAACCGACUCAAGAAAUCUUAUGGAAUUUGAAAUCAAAUCCUCACACACCCACAAAAUCCCUAAACAUUUGUUCUUCUCUAAUCAAUUCCCUCGUCACCGGUAGAAAUCAUCGUCACGCACAUUUAUCCCUCCACCUGCCUCUCUUACUACCUUUCUCGGCUUUCACCGUUCUCCUCUGUCUAAUCUUUUGUGAGCUUCGGUUGAGAAAAAUGGAUCCAAUUACUUCGGUGGUGGAGAAAGUGAAGGGCUUUGCGAAAUCGAGCCAGGACUUAGUCUCCCGCCACUUGGGCUUCCAUGAGAAUCCUUCUCCCCAGAAUCCGAUUGAAAUCUUGAAGCGAUUACAACGAGAAGCAUUCUCUGAGCUGAUGAAACUUAGAGACAGGCAAGAGAAAGUGGAGCGAGUAAUUUCCUCUUAUAAACAAUCAAAAGAGACUAGCACCCGUGUGAAGGGUGAGGUUGAUGUCCUUGGAGCAAUGUUGCUGAUGGGAGACACUGACGAGGAGAGUUUCAGUGGACUCGAUAGAGAAGGAGUGAGACCUGGAUUGCUCUCUAGGUUCAUGUUUGAAACGAGACUUAGGGAGACAGAUAUGCUUGUUACUGAGCUCGUUGCUGGAUACAAAGGGGAAGGAAACCACAGUGAUGUUUCAGGGAACCAGCUGUCUUUAGCCAAGGUCUUCUACAAGGCAGAGAUCAAUGAUUGGUUCUCUGCAGUUGCUAUUCCUGUUGGCGCGCAUUUCAGAGACAUUGAUGCUGAUGUAGUGUCUUCUUACCAGGGGAUGAAUCUUACAGAAGUCUCGGAACUUGGACCACCUCUUGUAAACCAACAUAAUGGUAGUGCCAUGGGGUUAACAGUCAGAAAAUCAAACGUUGCAGCUUCACUGGGCCAAUCCAUCACAGACCUUGGAGUUGAACAAGGCAUGAAUGCAACGAAUCGUUGUUUCAGAACUUUUGGGAAAGUAUCCUGCGACAUUCUGAGAGGUGUAAAGCUAUCUCUACUGGGCUGUCACCAAAUGGUAACACCAUCUAACUACCUCCGGUCUGCUGGAGCCAUUACGGUUCCAGUAAGUUUCCUAAGGCGCCGUAAUUCAACAGAGCCUGAAUCAUCAGUACCACAUCCGGAGAUGAACAGAAGCGUGAAUCACGUGUCGUCUACUUCCAUUGCUUUGAAGUUAGACUCUCUAAUGGACGAGUCUACGAGGAUUGGGGGAUGGAUUGAGAUUCAGAAGUCAAGAGAGAAGCAAGUAAAAUGGUCAGUGUCUAUUACAGAUAAACCAGAGGGUGAAGUGGGCUGGGGCAUGAGCGUUGGGGGAGUCGUCGAUGGUUCAAGAAACCAUGAUCGGUUUCAGGUGGAGUCGUAUCUGAAAUUCAACAUAGCCCAUCGGUUUAGUGCAAGUCCAAGUCUUGUUUAUCUCGCAAACAGCAGCGGAAGAACCAUAGGUCUCAUGCUUCAGUCUCAUUGGUCUCUGUGAUCUUAAUGCUUCUCUUUCCAGGUACAUUCAUGUUUCUAUUUAUCAUUGAUUGCAGUCUCUAGAGUAAAAAUAGUGUCUUGCGCAAAGUUAUAUAUCUGAAAAAAAAAAAUCUGAUGUAGCUGCCAUAUUUUUCGCCUUGAUGGGUAAUAAAAGAGUCUGAUUGUUAAUUAUUUUGCUGUCUUCAAUUGCUUAAUCGCGAUUGCAACUUUACAGAGUUCUAGCAUUUUUAAGUUUACAUAAAGGAAUCAAACCCAAUUUUUUAAGC